AUGCCGUCGACAGCAGUAGUCGGGGUGAGCAGCAAGCGAGCCACGGUUGACGACCCUCGACUCUGUGUUACAAGACAUUUAUAUCUUCAUCUUCUAGACAAUUAUACCUUGAUCAGGCGCAACUCGGACCUGCCAGCAGAGUGGAGGAGCACAUCGUUCCACGUACAAACGUACAACGGCAGAAAGACGGCAAAGCUGGGCCAGGGGAGUUGGGGCUGUAUUCAAAAAGGUCUGUGGCUUGUCCACCCGCGGUCUCGAUCCUCCAACGAAGAGCGCCCGACGCGCAGCGGCGCCGUGCUCGCAGCCGCCGCCCGCAACAAGUCCCAACAGAGUCUCUUCGAAGCCGAGAAGCGCGACUACGACGAGCGCGUCGCCGACUGGCGCGCCACUGGAUGUCUGCUGCUUCUUCGCGGCAUGGGCGGCACGGCGUGCCCGCAGAAGCUCGAGGAGGCCCUCCGCGCGCGGUGCCCCGGGCCGAUGGAGACGGCGCGCUGGGCGUGGGAGCCGAGUCCCAGGACGAACAGGAAGCACAACGGCUGCUUGGCGCUAUGCUUGGAGAGCGCGGAGCAGAGGGCGCUGGCGGUGGCGGCCAUUAAAGGCUGGGUAUGGGGAGGCUUCUUGAUUCACAUGGAGGGAAUCAAGAAUAGACUACCGACCACAGCCACUGCCGUCUCCAAUCUUCCCUGCGGCAAGUCUACCACGGACAAAGCCGACCGCCGUCGUCCGCAGCGGCUCACGACACCGCACACGGUCCCAAACAUCGACCUUGUCAGCAACUCGUCCACUCCGCCCACCUCCCCGGUCAGCGUCCCGUGCGCGGCGGCGGCGGCCGUCAGCGACGCGGCCGACAUCGCGACGAAAGCUUCUGCCUGCGCCGAGCGCGCUCUGACAAAGGCAAAGGCGGCCACGGUGCGCGCGUUCGCGGCCGAGGCCGCAGGCGACAAGGACACGGCCGCGGCGGCCAACGAGGACGCAGAGGCGGCGGACGAGGAAGCCAAGGCGGCAUAUGGCGCUGCGGCUGCGGCGGCACGCAUUGCGUCGACCUAUUUGGCCGUGAUUGCCGUGAGGGGGGGUUGCUAUUCGUACUAG